AUGGACCACGAUGAGAUUCUAUACAUCAAUAAUGUUGAGCAGUCCGCGGCCUGGCUGGGAAAAUUGAGAGAAUGUCGCCCACAACUUCCAGCUUGGGUUUCCGAUUUUCACUCUCAGAAGCUGCCCUGUAAUCUCCUCCAUGAGAGUGAUGAGCACGACCGCAGCGGCUCAUAUAACUGGUUAAUACAAUUCGUAUUCACCAACGGCGAAGAGUGGAUAGUUCGAUUUCCUAAAGGCCCCAAAGUCAAGCAUCCUGAUGAAAAGGUCGAGGCUGAAGUCUUAACGCUGAAGCUUAUUCGAGACAAGACGGAUAUCCCCGUCCCUGAAGUCAAAGCCUGGGGCUUGUCGGCUGAAAAUAAGUUCGGGCUAGGCCCAUUCAUCAUGAUGCCGGUCAUCAAAGGUAUCGACCUGGAGAGCAUUCUUCGAGCACCGGACUCUGAAGCCAGACUUAUGCGUGAGGAUAUUGGUGAUGGAGUCGCUGCAACAAUAUACCGCCAAAUUGCCCGGUAUAUGCUCCAGCUCUUUCAGCUCGACUUUCCCCGGAUCGGCAGCUUAUCGAGAUCACCUAUGUCGCAGAGGGCUGUAGGCUACGCUGCGGCGAUAGACUCACGGCCCUUCACGUGGAGGGCACAUGAGGCCCUGGUUCUCGGUGGAGUCGAUACUUACUGCCCAAAAGCUACAACUUUUUCGUCCACUGCCGACUAUUUUGCUUAUGUAGCCGAGGGGGAUCUACAACAGCUCUAUCAGCAACCAAGCGCGGUCGACGACGAGACAGAUGCACGAAAAAAGCUCAUCUACUGGGAAAUCUUCAAGUCCCUUACCCCACGCCAUGUUUUAGCCAAGUAUGACAAGGGGCCAUUUAAGCUUAUUUGCGAUGACUUUGGCCCAGCAAAUAUGAUUGUCAAUAAUGAGCGGGACCUGAAGAUCGUCGGUGUUAUUGAUUGGGAAUGGUCAUACGCUGGGCCCUGCCAGAUUUUCUGCUCUCCACCGCGCUGGCUUUUACUCGAUCCGCCAAACCAUUGGUACAAAGACGAUAUAAGCGUUGCUACUAGGUACGACAAGCUUUUGGAAAUGUUCCUGGGGAUCCUGGAGGAAGAGGAGGAAGCUAUACUUAAAGACAUUCCAUUGGAUGAGAGGCCAUCAGCUCUCAUGAGAGAAUGCAAAGAAGAUGGGCGAACGUGGUUUCACUGUAUUAUUCGCCAGGGAUUCAACGGCCCCGAUAUGUUUGUCUGGGAACGGCUCCGAGCUGCAACACCGGAUUUUGAUCGGUUGGUUGGAGAAGUCUCAGAUGAGAAAAUCGCUGCCUUUGUCAAGGACAAGAUGACUGCCUUAGCCAAGUAUAGGUCGAAUAGGGAUAAGAAGCGAGAUUGGCUCGAUCAGAUCAUGUGCACAGCAAGUCAGGCAAUGGCCAUCACCUGGAAAGAUGCUCCUAAGCAGCAUCGUGAAUUUUCUACGUCUAUAUCCUAUCAUACGGAAAUCAAGAUGCCCAAGACCCAGAAAGAAAUCAAGGCACGCGAAGCCGUGAAUGAUCGUAUCGCAAACACUAAAACCAGCGAUAUGAACCGUAUGAUGGACGCAGGCAGAUCGUCCCAAAGAAAGAGGGAAGAUAUCAGGAAGGAGAAGGAGGAGAGGGAGAGGAGGGAGAAAGAGAGGAAGGAGAAAGAGGCUGCCGCUAGUAAUGGUGGCUCCCGUUCUUGA